CCGAGCAGCCGGGAGGAGGGCGGGUCGGGCCCGGGGUGGCUCAGGGCUCCCCGGUUGUGCAGGGGGGAGCGGAGAAGGCGGGGCGGUGAGAGGGAGCCCGAGGCACCGGCGGGGCUGCGCUCUGCUCACGGGGGCUGCCGCCGGCGGGCCCUGCCCUCUCCGCUGAGGCGGCGAGUGUCCCAGACCCCGCUCCCUUCCCCCGGCGGAGGGGCUCUGCCCCAGGGGCUGUUUCGGGAGGCGAAGCCUGCCGGGACGAUGACUUUCCAGUGGAUGGCUGUUGCCACCGUCCUGUACGGUGAAAUAGCAGUACUUCUCGUGCUGUGCCUGCCGUUUAUUUCUCCGCUGAGAUGGCAGAAGAUUUUUAUGAUUCCUCUGUGGAACAAAAUGGCAGCUUUUUGGAACAAGAUAUUCCUUACAAUAAUAGUUUUACUGAUUGUCUUAUUUCUUGAUGCUUUCAGAGAAGUUAGGAAGUACUCAUCUCUUCAGGUGAAUGAGAAGACUGCAAAUACCAAUGCCAGUACCUUUGAUCAUAUUCAGAUGAAACUCUUCCGAUCACAAAGAAAUCUCUAUCUGUCUGGUUUUUCCUUGUUUCUUUGGCUUGUGCUGAGACGUACUGUUACCCUUCUUACUCAGUUGGCAAAAGGGAUGACAUCUCAUGCAGCUUUGGAAACUCAAGUAAAUGAUGCUACUGAAGCAGCCAAAAAAUACAUGGCCGAGAACGAAAAGCUGCGGGAGAGCUUGAAUGAAAAAGAAAGCGGUAAAACAAAAGAGUCAGCAGGAGAAACUGAUAAAAAGUUGAAGAAGGAAGUUGAAAAUUUGAAAGCAGAGCUACAGAAGACAACAGAGGCUCUUCAGAAGGCAAAUAAAGAAGUAAUUGCAGUUAGGAAGCAGUCAGAAGGCCUUCAAAGAGAAUACGAUCGUCUGCUGGAAGAAUAUGGACAGCUUCAGGACAGCUUAGGUAAAGCAGAAGACAAGAAAGAACUGUAGGUGCACCUGAGAUUGAUGGCACGGGUACAGUUGCUUCAAUGUGAAAAGCCUUGUGCUGUUUAGGCUCCUGAUGCAGACCUGAUAAAAACUUGAUUUUUUUUUUUUUUUUUUUCCUGAAAAGCAUAUGUACUGCAGGUCAAUAUUCAUAUUCCUCUAAUAUACUUUGGCUGCCAAAAUAUUUGGUGUUGCAAAUAAAAUGUUAAAUGGCUUACCCAAUUUACAGUGGAGUUUGUUACUGCUCUUGUGAGGAGAAACUAAAAUCUUUCAGUUCCAUCUGGAGCAACUUGACUGUACUCCAGGCUUUUUCCUUCCAAAAUGGUAACAGAUCAUGCACCAUUUGCUUGUAGCUUUUGAGCACGGUUGUAUAUCAUUCUAUAUCAUAAAAACACAAUUUACCUAAGCCUCCUUUGCAACACAUGUUUGCAGUCUUCAAAACUUCAGUUACCAGUAAGGUUGAAUUGAAUGACAAUCAUUCUGAGAAGAAUAAAUAAAGGAAAACUGCAUUUCUGUAUCAGUCUCACUAGCUUGUCACUUAGGCAUACGGAUGAGUGUAUUUUCACAAUAUUUUGCAUGCCUCUGGUUUACCUUUAAUAUAUUGGGUUAUUUCAGUUUUUAUAACCAAAGUUUUGGGUUGGUUGGUAUUAACAUUCUGUAUUUUUACACUGUUUACAUCUGUUUACUCUGUAUGUUCCACCUAACUUCUUUUGCCUUGCUAAGUAAAAAUUCUUUUUAAAUGUAAAUAGUUGGGUUUGUUUUGUUUUGUUUUCAUGGAUACGAUACCUCAAAUAAAUGUGCACUGUUUUGCAUAAGCCUUUUUUGGCAUU